AAUGUUCUCUGUAUGCUAAUAAAUAGGCGUUAUUUGGAUCUCGUGAUACAGGGAAAUAAAAGGUGCUAGGCGGCUACGGCGCUCACUCCGGACACGCUUCAAAGGGUCACGAACAAGGAAAGAAACAUGGAUGUACGGACUGGGUUCAUCGUGUUGUUGUGCCUAAUGGGAUUCACCUGCGCCAACCCGGUGAAAUUCCUUGACUGCGGCUCCUCUUCUGGCAAAGUGGCCUUAGUGGAUAUUAACCCAUGUCCCAGUCAGCCAUGCCAGCUACACAAAGGACAGUCCUACAGUGUCAAUGUGACAUUCAACAGUGCUGUGGAGAGCCAGACGAGCACAGCAGUGGUUCACGGUAUUAUUGGUGGAGUACCCAUCCCGUUCCCCAUUCCCAUAGAAGAUGGCUGCAAGUCUGGAAUCCAGUGUCCCAUCCAGAAGCAGCAGAAGUAUAACUACAUGACUGCGCUUCCUGUGAAGACUGAGUAUCCUGCAAUAAAGCUGGUUGUGGAGUGGGAACUGAGAGACGACCACAAACAAGAUCUGUUCUGCAUCAAGUUCCCUGUUCAGAUUGUGAGCUAAUCUCGCAGCAGUAUGUUCGCACAAGUGUUUGUUUUUUUUUAAAAGGGAUUCAGCUUUGAGUAAAAAUCUGAAGAAUGUAAAUGAUUCUAGUUAAGAUCUCAUUUUAUUCAUUCAUCAAAUUGAUUUUUAAGAUGUGUCUUUCACUAGUUUGCAAGACGUUGGCGCACUCACACAUCUUGAAUCCUGCAGAAAUAAACGGCUGAUCCUUGCUGUGACCUUCUAACAGUCAGUUUUAAGAGAUGCGGAUGUGAAACAAUGUGGUUAAUGUGUGAAUGACCCUGACUCUCAUUCCACUACAGUGCAAUUGUCUUGUCUCACUGGCUGCUAUGUAGUCAGAAAAGGUAUAUACUGUGCUACUACUUCACUAAAACUUUUUGUAAUAUUUCUUACUGACAAUGUACUACUAGACAUAUGAAAUUAGAUAUUGUAAAGGAUUAUUAAAAUUCUAAUAAAGAAAAGUAAUCUGUACCAAA